CGUCACAGGAGGGAGCGGGGGCCUGCGCUGCGGGUGCGGGACACCGACACCUGCCGCGUUACGAGGCGGGCGGUGUGAGGUGGAGGUGGAGGUGGUGGGAGAGAUCCAGGGGGCGGACCGGCCGUAGAAGAUCUGGUUGGUGCCCAUACAAGAAACAACGAGGAUACCACCGCCAGCGGGGGGGAGCGGGCAGCCGGAGGAAAUCUAGGGAGGAGCCGAGGAGGGGGAGGGGGAGGGGGAGAUCUCCCUUCUCGCUCUUCCAUGGACCUGGGACAUGGCGGCCAGGGAGGGGAAGGGGACUCCUCCGGGGGGCAAGUCAGGAAGAAGAGAACGAGGAGGAAAAGCACUGGCCCUGACUCCAUUGCUGAGACAAUCAAGUGGUGGAAGGAGCAGAACCAAAAGCUCCAGGAUGAGAGUGGCUCCAGGAAAGCGCCUGCCAAGGGUUCCAAGAAAGGGUGCAUGGCAGGGAAAGGAGGUCCUGAGAAUGGGAAUUGUGCGUACCGCGGUGUGAGGCAGCGGACUUGGGGUAAGUGGGUGGCUGAGAUCCGCGAGCCCAACCGUGGCAGGCGGCUAUGGCUGGGCUCAUUCCCUACUGCCGUGGAGGCUGCUCAUGCAUACGAUGAGGCGGCAAAGGCGAUGUAUGGUGCGAAGGCACGUGUCAACUUUUCCGAGAACUCUCCUGAUGCCAACUCCGUUUGCACGUCAGCACUUUCAUUGUUGGCGUCUAGUGUACCAGCUGUUGCAUUGCAUGGGUUUAAUGAGAAGGAUGAGGUGGAAUCUGUGGAGACUGAGGUGCAUGAUGUGAAGGCAGAAGUGAACAAUGACUUGGGAAGUAUCCACGUGGAGUGCAAGUCCGUGGAGGUACUUCAAUCAGGGGAGAGUGUUUUACAAAAAGAAGGGAGCGUAAGUUAUGAUUACUUCAAUGUCGAAGAAGUUGUUGAGAUGAUAAUUAUAGAAUUGAAUGCAGAUAAAAAAAUUGAAGUACAUGAAGAAUGUCUCGGUGGAGAUGAUGGAUUUAGUCUUUUUGCAUAUUAAAAGUGUGGUCAUGUGGAGCAGUAGGAAUAACUUUGUUCUAGCUGUUAGGAAACGCUUCAACCUGAAGCUUUGUAGUCAUCUAUGGUUUUCAUCUUACUGAGUCAUAGAGUUAUACUAUGAGCCAACCAGUACAAGAAGUUGUCCUGUGUGUUGAGUUCCUGUACCAUAGUAGGAAAUGAGUCCAUGUUUAAUGAGCUCUCUUGGUUGUUAAUAUUGCACAUUUGCUCAGGAGAA